AUGUUGAUUCAAGUUGUGACCAACCAAGCUUGGAAACAAAGAGGGAAUAGACAAAAUGUGGUUGAUACAUCCAAGAUCCGUGAGUUCUUCAGGAUGAAUCCUCCAGAUUUCACCGGUUCAAGUGUCACUGAGGAUCUGGCAAAUUUUGUGGAGCAGUUGCAGAAAGUGUUUGAGGUGAUGCAUAUUGCAGAUGUUGAGUGUGUGGAACUAGCUGCAUACCAACUCAAGGGUGUUGCUAGAGUAUGGUACGACCAAUGGAAGAAGAGUAGUGCACCAAUUGAGAAGAGCAAUGCGAACCUGUCAUCCUUUCAACACAAGCCAAAUAGACCGGCUCCAUCAUCUGCUAGUGCACCUGCACCAAAAAGCAGAGGUGAGUUCAAGGAUCAAAAUUCUCAGAAUUUCAGAGCUAGACCUGCACAGUCUCAAGGUAGUAUGGAACGAGGAGGUAAUUGGACUCCUACAUGUGCUAAGUGUUGUAGAAACCACCCAGGAGCGUGUCGUGAUGGCUUCAUUGGUUGCUUCAAGUUUGGCCAAGCAGGUCACUUCAUGAGAGAGUGCCCUAAGAACAGGCAAGGUAAUGGCAAUAGGGGUAAUAGAGCCCAAUCUUCUUCAGUGGAUCCACAAGAUAGAGCUACACCAAGAGGAGAUACUUCAGGGACAAGCGGAGGAGCAAACCUCCACAUUGUUUCUGGUAAUGGGAUUCGAGUUGACACUCAGAAGAUUGAGGCAGUGUAG